AAUGUUGCACUUUUGAAACAAUAUUAGACUCACUUUCUGAUUUGUGAAUAUAUUCAUUCAUCUACUGCCGCUCGAGCGAUUCAUUGGUUUAUAAUCCACUCGUUUUCUAACAAUUAAUUAAUUAAAACUGUUUCAAUGUCACAAACUAAAACAAAACCUAAAUAUCGUAUAUUAAUAUCAUCUAUUGAUGCUUUUGGAACCAUUAAUUUCACCCUUGGAUUUGGUGAGAUUUUAUCUGAGGCUGGACAUGAAGUGACCUUCACUCAACGUGUUCAUCACAAGAAACUUGCUGAUAAACGAGGAUUUUAUUUUAUUCCGUUCGAUGAGUCGAUAUUUGAGAACUUUCAACCAGGACCUUUUGUCGAUUGGGUUGCUAAUAAUUUAGAAAAGUUUCGAGGUGAUGCUCUUGAACGAUACAAAGGUUGGACUGAUGAAGAUAAAGAGAUAUUCGCAUCUAUUGCUGAUGAUUAUUUUGUAACUAAUAGAGCAAUAGAAAAGAUUCUCGAUGAAAACAAAAAUUCAUUUGAUGUAAUAGUUGGUGAUUUUGAAACCCAAUUUCCAGCUUUGAUUAGGUCGCCAAUACCAUUCAUACCCCUGGUAGCACUUAACCCAGUGUGUUUUUACCCUCAAGGUCCACCUCCUUUCUCUGGAUACCCUGUGAAUGUUGAUAAAGAAAAAGCUCGAAAGUUCAAAGAGAUCUAUGAUUCAGCUUGUAUUCGUUUCAAAGAGAAACUGUAUUCAUGGUGGGAAUCUUUUAACGUUCCCGUCUUACCAGAAGAAUGUUGGCUUGUUAAUCGAUAUCCGAAAUAUUUUGGUUUCUAUCAUUACCCUGAAGGUCUUGAUUACAAUGAAUGUGGACCUAAAGAGCCUGCGGGUAAAUGGUUUCGAAUUGAUGCUUCAAUUCGUAAGCCCGACGAAGAAAGUGAAUUCGUCAUACCAAAAUCAAUCGCUUCUUUACCUGGAAAGUUAAUUUACUUUUCUCUUGGAUCAUUAGGAUCAGCUGAUGUCGAGUUAAUGAGACAAAUCAUUGAUGUACUCUCUAAACUACCACAUCGAUUCAUCGUAUCCAAAGGACCGAAAGGUGAUGAGAUCGAGUUACCACCAAACAUGUGGGGCCAAAACUACGUCAAUCAAAUCGCGGUUAUAAAAGUCGUCGAUAUGGUCAUAACCCAUGGUGGAAAUAACACUUUCCUCGAAACAAUUUACUUCGGUAAACCUUUAAUUGUGAUGCCUUAUUUUUACGAUCAGUUCGAUAAUGCUCAACGAGUGGUUGAUUGUGGUAUUGGAAGGCGAUUAGACACUUGGAAUUUAGAUGAAAAAAUUGUUUCAAAUGCAGUUGAAGAAACGCUAAAUGAUCAAGAGAUGACCAGAAAGAUUAAAGAAAUCGCUCUUUCUAUGAGAUCAACUAAAAGCAGAGAAAAAGCAGUCGAAAUGAUUGAAAAUCUCAUCUCAAAAUCCAUCAACACCAAUUGAGCUCACUUUGGGUUUAAUCAAGUAAAUCUCGAUUAUCUUUUUCCACUGAAAAAAUUACUAAUGAAUCUAUCUGGUAGAUUAUUAUUUUCAACCUUAUCAAUUACAAUUGGUGAGAUUAAUCACCACAACUACAUGUAUCAUAAUUUAUUUUGCUCAUCAUUGUUUCACAGAAAGUUGCAAGUCAAAUAUGAGAUUAAAAAUGUAAAGAGAGAUACAUUUGAUUCAUUUUGUUUAUUCAUACGUUUAACACUCUAAUUUUCACAUCUUUUUCAUCGUAAAUCAUGAACUUAUUAACUAUUCUUUUGGUAAUUCUCCCAAUCAACUUGAUAAGUGCCAAAGGUCAUAAUAAUUGUAACGACCAAUGUUUAACCAAAACUUAUUGUCUUUCAUCCGAUGGGUCAAGUAAUUGCUCCAAGAAUAAUUUAGUUACUGCUAAAUGGUUUGUGAGACAACAGAAUCGCGGUGACGAAAUAAUUGGAUUUACUUUAACUGGCCAAGGAAUCAAAUCGACUGAAGAUAAAACAAUAUCGCUCACCUUUCAAACACCUUAUUCAACAUCAACACAAUAUCUUACUACUUAUUCUUGUUACAAAUCAGCUCUUGGUUCUACAUCAGGACAUGUAAAAACUGGUUCAUCUUCAUCUUUCAACGAAUUUUCAAGUGGAUCAUCUUAUUACUCAAAUAAUGUUCUAUCCUGUACUUGGACAUUUACCAAACGAGAUGCAGAAUAUCCUUUUUGGUUGGUUAUCGCCGAUCUUACAGCUAAUCCCAAUUAUCAAAUUUUACUUCAAUACGGUGAUGAUAAGGUCGGUACUAUGGUAGCCAAUGACAUAAAAGAAUUACCAAUCUAUCAUCUACAGUAUCUUAAAUGCUGUAAUAAGGUUCAUGGUAACGAUGAAUUCAUGGUCAUUUUCAAUCAAUCACCAAAAGAUGACCAAUAUUCUGUACAAAAAAUCGGUUCGAAAAUGUCGAAAAUAUCGAUUUUAUUAACUGGUUCGAAUCAGAUACAAUUACUGUUCACUUGUGAUUUGGCAAAUGAUUACAUUCAAGGUACAAUUAUGAAGGGAGCCUCAUCUCGGUCCAUAUCUGAUCAGCUCUAUUCAACGUACUUAUCCGAAAACAAGUGUUCGUGGUCUCAUACUUUGGCCUUGGAAAGUUCAUUUGGUCGAUACGAUACAACCAAUGGUGUUUAUGAUCUUCAGGUAACAGCGGACAACGUUAUUGUUUACACAGAAAAAGGUAUAACAUUGAAAAAUUCAUCGCCUAAAUUGUUAUCAUCAACCAGUAUUUUGAUUAUGAUUAUCUCUGUAUUAAUAAACGGGUGGAUUUGAUAACCAUCAAUAUAACGUCAA